AUGGCCUUGAAAGACUAUCUCGUUGAUCUUUUUGAUCAUUUUCAGGCCUUGCCCACACCGGUGAAGCUUGUGGUGCUUCUUGCGGCCCCUAUUGUUUAUAAUGUUCUUUGGCAGCUUCUUUACUCUCUCAGAAAGGAUAGAGCGCCCCUUGUCUUCCACUGGAUCCCAUGGUUUGGCUCUGCUGUUGCAUACGGUAUGCAGCCUUAUGAGUUCUUCGAAAACUGCCGUGAAAAGUACGGCGAUGUUUUUGCUUUUAUGUUAUUGGGUAAGGUAAUGACCGUCUACUUGGGCCCUAAAGGCCACGAAUUUGUGCUCAACGCUAAGCUCGCUGACGUUUCUGCCGAGGCCGCUUACUCGCAUUUGACUACUCCUGUGUUCGGAAAAGGUGUCAUCUAUGACUGUCCUAAUUCACGUUUGAUGGAGCAGAAGAAGUUCGCAAAAACUGCCUUAACCAAGGAGGCUUUCCAGAGAUACGUGCCCAGAAUUCAAGAGGAAGUCUUAGACUACUUCAAAGCUUGUUCUGAGUAUAAGAUGACUGAACGUAACAACGGUGUUGCUAAUGUUAUGAAGACCCAACCUGAGAUGACCAUUUUGACUGCUUCUAAAUCCUUGAUGGGAGAUGAUAUGAGAGCUAGAUUUGAUGCUUCCUUCGCUCAAUUAUAUUCUGAUUUGGAUAAAGGGUUCACACCCGUGAACUUUGUAUUCCCACAUUUGCCUUUGCCUGCUUACUGGAAGAGAGAUGCUGCUCAACAAAAAAUCUCUGCCACCUACAUGUCUUUGAUCAAUGACAGGAGGAAAAAUGGUGAUAUUAUUCCUGACAGAGACUUGAUCGAUUCUUUAUUAACCAAUUCUACCUAUAAAGAUGGCGUUAAGAUGACUGAUCAGGAAGUUGCAAACUUGUUGAUCGGUGUUUUGAUGGGUGGCCAACAUACCUCCGCCUCUACCUCUGCAUGGUUUUUGUUGCAUUUGGCAGAACAACCAAAGUUACAGGAAGAGCUUUAUAAUGAGGUUCUUUCAGUUUUGGCCUCCAAAGGUGGUAGCUUAAAGGACUUGGCUUACGACGAUUUGCAGAAGAUGCCUUUGAUUAACCAAACUAUCAAAGAAACGUUGCGUAUGCACAUGCCCUUGCACUCCAUUUUCAGAAAGGUCAUGAACUCUCUAGUGGUCCCAAACUCUACUUAUGUCGUUCCAAAGGGUCACUACGUAAUGGUUUCACCUGGUUAUGCUCAAACAUCGGAGAAGUGGUUCCCCAAGGCAAACGAAUUUGACCCUCAUAGAUGGGACGAAGAAUUGCUGGGUAACAUUGACUCUGAUGCUGUUGACUACGGUUUUGGAAAAGUUACAAAGGGUGUUUCAUCUCCUUACUUGCCUUUCGGUGGUGGGAGACAUCGUUGUAUUGGCGAACAAUUCGCAUAUGUCCAACUCGGAACUAUCUUGGCCACCUACGUUUACAACAUCAAAUGGAAGUUCAAGAACAACGGAACUCUUCCUCCUGUGGACUAUCAGUCUAUGGUGACUUUACCAAUGGAGCCCGCAGAAAUCGAAUGGGAGAAGAGGGAGACAUGCGUGUACUAA